CUUAAGGUCGACCGGACAACAAGGGGACACUCGGACAUCGCGGAAGACACGGAUGUCCCUGUACAGAUAGGCGCGAGCUAAAGCGGGACUGAAUGUUGACGUGUUUGAUUCCUCACCAGGCGCAUUGUGCCGAUGAAUUAAAGUAAAUGGAUAGUUUAAAGCCUACCUCAUGAUAAAAGGAAACAUCCAGCACACAUGUCUGCAGCUUGUGCGAGGUGGAUGCUGAGCCGCACGCUGAGGGCCGCGUGCGGCGCCCGCCGGGGCCACUGGGCGCCGGCGGCACGACUGGCGCUACCCAGGGACCGGCCGGACGUCCCUGCCUCCUCCUGGAGGUGGUCUCCGUUCUGCACGGCUGUGGACGACACGGAGCAGGCUGCCGCGCCGAAGAGGAAAACCAAGCACGACCCCAAAGCUCACGGCACGAUCGGCGCCGUCGGCCGUAGGAUCCCCCACCGCGAGGUACAGGUGAUAAGCGAGACGGGCGAGAACCUGGGCACCAUGCACCGUGCAGACGUGAUCAGAGUCCUGGACGAGCGGGGGCUCAAACUGGUGCUGCUCAGUGAACGCAAAGACCCCCCCGUCUACCGGCUGAUGAGCGGCAAACAGAUCCACGAGGAGCAGCUGAGGCUGCGGGAGAAACAGAAAGCAAAAGCAGCCCCCGUGCAGGUGAAGGAGCUCACCUUUUCAUCGGGCAUCGCACCUCACGACCUGUCCACCAAGUUGAAAAAGGUGGAGGGCUGGCUGGAGAAGAAGAACCACGUUAGAAUCACUCUGCGAUCGGGCCGCGGGGGAUCUGCCGUCAACCUGGAUACAAAUCUGGAGCAGAUAGUGCAGCAAAUGGAGGCGAUGGUCGGAUUUGUUUCCAAACCAAAAGCCAUACGUGACGGUCAAGCGGCCAUGUGCGUCCUCCGACCGCCUUCAGCAAAGGAACUGUCACAAAAACAAAAGAAUAAAGAUGAUCCUUCACAGUCUGACGACUCAACCUCCAGAGCGCCUGAGAGCCGAGCGGCCGUCCCUCCUGUUAGCGAAACAGACACUACAGAAGGGUCCACACAGCGGGACUCCGAUGCAAAUAAAACACUGACAUAACGACUAA